AUGGACAUCACUUACUGCGAAGGGGCACGUCUCCUUCAAGACUCGCGAGCAGAUAUAGAUUCAAUCCUGAUUCACCGGCCCAAUGGAAACCUUACCUGCAAACACUGCUAUCUCGUCAUCGCAGACGCCGACAGCUUCAGCGCCGUUUCUCUCGACAAGGACUGGCCACUGGUCGUGAGCUGUCAUGUCCAGGCGUGUGCUUCCCUGCACGACAGACGAGCCGCAUACUCGUGCUAUGCCUGCCUUGAGAGAGGGAAGACGUCCCUCGAGACGUCAGCUGCGGCUCUGAAGAGCCAUGUCCAAUCUUGUGAGCUGAUCAAAGAUAUCCACCAAUCCAGGAAGCCGUACCAACCCCAAGAAUCCAUCAGAGAGGGAUACGUCCCGGCUCCAACUGUUCCCGCACGGCCGAAAAGGAGUUCACGGCCAGCACCGGCCAUGGAAGCAACGCCUCUGAAACAAUCAUCUCGCGACGUGGAAACGGCCCAAAGCUCUAGUAGUCGACGACCUCUUCCGUCGAAUCCAUUUCGGCCUGGUCAAACCGCGCCGCCUGUUGUCCCCAAUAGUCCUGUCACACCCAAGCAGACUCACUCGCCCGGGACCUUGCCGCCUGAAUCUUCGCCGGCCCUGCCGUCGCGGCCGAAGACGGGAGUUUCCACACAUGCGGAGAGAACCUAUACUCCUCCAAGCGUGCUCCGGCCGGAGCAAACUCACACGGUGAGCGGCCCUCGAGCGGACGCAGCACAUAUUUUCAACGUUCCAGGCGGCUUCCCCGGUCACGAAGCUGCCAGCCAUGACCCUCGUAGUCCAUUUUCCCAAGAGUUUCCGCCGACGCCGCCGCCCCCACGAGUAAUUUUCUCCCACGACCAUACUGCCACACCGAUUAGGAGGAAGGAUGUCAAAUUGGAGAGUAACUCACAGCCAUUAUCGGAGCCCGGCCGAGAAGACAAGUCGUUGCCCACACGGCCGACGCGAGCCCCUCCUGCGCCGCCGGUGUUGUCGCCGCCAGCGCCCGUCCCAUAUCCGGGCUCUAGUCAGCCGAUUUCAAGCCCGAUUUCGAAUCCCCGCUUCAACGGAAGUCCAAUUGAGCAUUCAUUACCCGGUGCCACGCCACAAACUCCGCGCGCUGGCACCCAGGACACGACCACUGCGCGAGCCGACCCUGCCAAGAUCCAACAACUCACAGCAGCCCUGGAAAUAAGCAGAGCGCGAGCCGAGUAUCUGCUCAGCCAGACGGGAGGAGACCUCAACGAGGCUGCGGAGCUUGGAUUCUCGGAGCAGCAGGACCAGCAUUAUGGCGGUAUGGGUGGCGGUGGUGGCUGGCUGCCGACGUCAGCGUCGCAAGCGGUGCAGCCUCCUGAGGCGUUUCCAUCGGGAGCGGGAUCGGCGGGAGGGCGGAAUCGACGGUCAAGAUAA